AUGGUCGACUAUCAGACUGACAUCGAUAACCUAGUUAAGUUCAUGUACCUACGUAACACGUUGCAGGGGGAUGCGUUAAGUAAGGUGGCGAUUUAUGACAUAAGCGCGGGAAAUUACAGCAAGGCUUGGAAGACUUUGACGGAGUCCUACGAAAGAAAGCGCAUUCUAGUCUCAAAACACCUUGAUGCCAUUUUAGACAUCGUCCCACUUGAGUCCCCAACAUCUAGAGACAUCUCUAAGAUGGUUGAUGAAGUGAAACAACACCUGAACACCCUCCAAUCUCUAGGUGUUGAAGAACCCUCUCGUAUGGUAGUACGUUUGCUUGAAAGGGCCUUACCGCCCUCUAUUAGACAGAAAUGGGAGGAUUCUUUGACCCUAGAUGAACUGCCCACCCUCGAUCAGUUCUAUAAAUUCAUCGACGGAGUAGUGUCUAGGUUAUACACCAUGGAAACUGAUGUUCCCAGAGGAAGUGAGGCCGCAAGAGAAAGUGCAGUCGUUAAGCCCAACGUCGAACCUAGAAAGGCUAGAAAGGUCCAAGAUGGGACACGCGUUUUUGUUACUUCUGCUGAGCAAACUAGUUGUCCCCAAUUCAAAGACGAUGGGACUUUGUCAGAGCUCAUCGACUGUGCUUUAACUGUUUGCGGUCUCACCCCGAUUCAAAGGGUACAAACUCUCAGAAAUCUGACCAAGGUACCAAAAAUCCUCAAUCCACAACAAAGGUUUGCUCAAAAGCUCCAGUUGCAGACACAAACAUGCGAAACCUCGAUUAAGGGAUUUGGGGAAAUUGGGUCCACAUCUAUGGGGAGCGUUGAAAUUGUCAUCCAGUCUCGCAUCAAUAAGUUCCAAAAAACGUUAAACUGCCUUAUCGUCCCAAAUAUAACUAGUGCUAUUCCUAAUGAACCCUUUCCUCGAGAAGCAAUCGACAUACCUAAUGGGAUUCGAUUAACUGACCCACAGUUCCACGUUCCACGUUCCGUUGACAUCCUCAUAGGCUCAGGUGAAACACUCUCAUUCCUAUCCAUUGGGCAACUUCAUCUGUCAAGAAAUAAUUGCGGUUUGUAUUUACAAAAAACUCAGCUAGGGUGGGUAAUAAUAGGAGGCAUUAAGUCAAAUCCAGAGGGCGUUGCUACAUGUAAUUUGGUAGAAUUGAACGAACAGCUCACGAAAUUUUGGGAAUUGGAGGAGGUUAGUAAUCAGUCAGUUUUUACCGAGGAGGAGAGCGCAUGCGAAAAUCAUUAUGUACAGAAUACCAGACGUGAUGAUAGUGGUAGGUAUAUCGUUAGGCUGCCUUUUAAAUCACCAAGUUCAGAAUUAGGAGAUUCUUGUUCUAAAGCCUUCCGGCUACUGCAAGCUAUAAGACAUCGAUUUAAGGGUAAUCCUAACCUCGAAGUAGAAUAUACAAAGGUUAUGCAGGAAUAUGUAGACUCAAAUCACAUGACACUGAUAGAGGAUAAGGGUGCCGGGGGAUAUUGUAUGCCCCAUCACGCCGUUGUCAAACCGUCUAGUACCACAACGAAGACCCGAGUAGUUUUCAAUGCAUCUUCCAAGACCGAUAAAAAUCUUUCGCUGAAUGACAUGCUUAUGGUGGGGCCUACAAUUCAACCAAAACUCUUCAACCACCUCCUCAGGUUUCGCACUCAUACUUACGUCGUUACUGCAGACAUAGAAAAGAUGUAUAGACAGAUUUUAGUAGAUCCCCGGGACCGGCCCUACCAACGAAUUCUAUGGGUACAUCAGGGUAGAAUUAGGACUUACGAGCUGAACACGGUUACCUUUGGAGUAUCAUCCGCUCCCUUUCUAGCUAUUAGGACGAUUCAUCAGUUAGCAGAGGAUGAAAGGGCAAAUUUCCCUAGGGCUAGUGUUAUCUUAAAGCGGGAUUUUUAUGUAGAUGAUCUACUUACUGGGGCAAACUCUUUACAGGAGGUUUUACAGAUUCGGGAUGAGUUAAUUCAAUUGUUAGCUAGCGGGGGGUUUCCGAUUAGAAAAUGGGCUUCAAAUCACGCUCAUGCACUUGACGACUCAGAGGGGAGGGUCUUUAAAAUGGAUAGCUUAACAGAGGGGGAUCCGAUAGUUAAAACCUUAGGUAUAUCUUGGGACUCCCAAUUAGAUUGUUUUGCAUAUGUAGUUAAACGAAUAGAAACGCCCCAAACAGUCACGAAACGAGUCAUUCUAUCCGAAAUCGCAAAGAUUUUCGAUCCCCUAGGGCUUUUAGGGCCAGUCGUAUUCGCAGCUAAGGUCAUCAUGCAGGAUUGUUGGAAGGCAAAGGUAGGGUGGGAUGAAUCAGUGCCACAAGAACUACACACCAGGUGGCGUUUAUUUGUAGAGCAACUAGAUCGAUUAGAAGAAGUAUCGUUUCCUAGACAUCUUAUUUUACCCGGCGCAUUAGCGAUUGAGGUGCACGGAUUUUGCGACGCAAGCAAGCGAGGAUAUGGGGCUUGCAUAUACUUAAGAUCAGUUGACAGAACCAACCAGGUCCUCGUUCGCUUAGCGUGCGCCAAGUCUCGGGUAGCUCCAGUCAAGCAAACCACCAUUCCCCGGCUUGAAUUGUGUGGCGCUCUAACGCUAGUGAGAUUGUUUAGGGAGUUUCGGGAAUCAUUUGAAGUUUCGUUCCACAAGGUCGUGUUUUGGUCCGAUUCAGAGAUUGUUUUGCAGUGGAUUAAAAAACCUCCACAAGCCCUGAAGGUUUUUGAAGGGAAUCGUGUCGCAGAAAUCCAAGAGUUGUCGAGUAUCGUUGAAUGGCGUCAUGUCUCCAGCAAAAACAAUUUCGCUGAUGUUCUUUCUAGGGGUCAAGUUCCAGCCGAGUUCAUUCAGAAUGAUACAUGGAGUUCCGGGAUGAAAUGGCUGUACCAAUCAGAGGAAGAUUGGCCCAAAUCUGCGAGAGACCCCAACGUCGAACUUCCAGGAUUAAGGACUCCAACCUGUCUUGCCCUCACUGCUAAUGAAGUUCUGCCUUCAAAGGUCCCUAGGCCCAACCCCUUAUCACAGGACCCAUUAGGUUACAGGCGCUUUUCAUCCUAUCAGUCGCUACUUAAUUCACUUGCGUAUUGUUUGCGUUGGCGUUUUUCAGCUGAUCGAAACCAUGAUUCACUCAGGGUGGCCGAGAGAUCCAGAGCAGAAUGGAGAUUAUUGAAAUCGAUCCAAUCUGAACAGUUUGAAAGGGAAAUUCGGCAGAUCGAGAAAACUGGUUCUACAAAAAAUACGAAAAUAGCAGCGUUCAACCCCUUUAUCGAUCCCAACGGUUUACUUCGUGUAGGUGGCCGGCUUCGCAACGCGCAGAUUUCUGAUGAACAAAAAUAUCCAAUAUUGCUACCCUCUUAUCACCAUGUAACGGAUCUCAUUAUUCGCCAAACUCACCAGUCGUUAUUGCAUGCAGGAAUCCAGAGCACGUUGUAUAGAAUUCGUCAGAAAUUUUGGCUGUUAGAUGGAAAGAAUCAAGUUAGGAGAAUUGUGCGGCAUUGCGUCACAUGCGUAAAACAUCGUCCAGUAGCCUUUCAGGGAAAAAUUAACGAUUUACCCCAGGCGCGCGUGCAACAAGCUUCGGUCUUCGAACACGUAGGAAUAGAUUAUUUUGGCCCUAUCAACAUCAAGGAAAAACAGUUUAGGAAUCGUGUUAUUCUUCAAGCUUAUGGUUGCGUUUUUAUUUGCAUGAACACAAAGGCAGUCCACAUUGAGAUAGCGAGCGACCAGACUACCGAAGGAUUUCUAGAUAAUCGUCUUCCAGUAUGGAAAUUCAUCGUCAAGGCACGGCAGGACUUUUGGAAACGUUGGCACACAGAGUACCUCAGUAAUUGCAAAAACGACAGAAAUGGCUAG